GGGGGCAGUUAAGUCUCAUUGUGUAAAGAGGGCGAGUCAUGUGACGCCCUCAAAGCUUGUUGGAGUCUGCUGUGGAAAGUAUGGCACUGAGUGCGGUGUGGUUCAUUAGCGCUGCUCUUAGUUUUGCCCAUUUAACACCUUCCGCUUUUCUUGAAGAGGAACAUCAUUUCAAACAGUGGAUGCAAGAGCACAACAAAGUCUACGACACUGAGGAGUAUUACCACCGGCUCCAUGUAUUCACUCAGAAUAGGAGAAUCAUUGAUCAUCAUAAUGCUGGAAAUCACUCUUUCACAAUGGGACUGAACCAGUUCUCAGACAUGACCUUUGAAGAAUUCAGAAAAUUCUAUCUUUUGACAAAACCGCAGAACUGCUCAGUCACUAAAGGGAGUCAUGUCAGCAGAGCUGGGCCUCACCCCGAGUUUGUCGACUGGAGGACGAAGGGGAACUUUGUGACUCCAGUGAAAAACCAGUUUCUCUGCGGCAGCUGUUGGACCUUCUCCACCACCGGCUGUCUGGAGUCCGUAACUGCUAUUGCUACUGGGAAGCUAAUAUCUCUGUCUGAGCAGCAGCUGGUAGACUGUGCCAGAGACUUUAACAACUAUGGAUGUUUGGGUGGGCUCCCCAGCCAGGCAUUUGAGUACAUCAAAUACAACAAAGGUCUUAUGACAGAAGAAGAUUAUCCCUACAAAGGCUACGAUGACACCUGCAGUUCUGAGCCGACGCUUGCAGCUGCUUUUGUCAAAGAUGUGGUCAACAUCACAAGUUAUGAUGAAAAGGCCAUGAUUGACGCUGUGGCCUGGCUCAACCCCAUUACCCUCAGCUUUGACGUCACAUCUGACUUUAUGCACUACAAAGACGGAGUCUAUUCCAGCACCCAGUGUAAAAACACAACAGAUAGCGUGAAUCAUGCAGUCCUGGCUGUGGGUUAUGGUGUUGAAGAGAACGGCAUGCUGUAUUGGAUUGUGAAGAACUCUUGGGGCACAGCCUGGGGGAAGGACGGAUAUUUCUUGAUUGAGCGUGGAAGAAACAUGUGCGGACUGGCUGCAUGCUCUUCCUAUCCUCUACCUUUACUUUGAGGAGAAACAUGGCAACAAAGAGGAAAAACUCACCCUGGGGCCAUGUUAAAGGAUUGAACGUGCCUAGAAAUGUUCUCCAAAGUGUUUCAUAUAGCGCCUAAAGGUCUGAGCUACACUAACGGGCCCUUAACAACUUUUCUGGAAGACCAAUUUCUCAACAGCACCAUCUUAAUAUUUCAACUGGAUCAUGCAAAUUUCAAGCAAUAUACAUGAAGAAAGACGAACUGCAAUUAACAAAAGCCUUGAACAUAACUACAUACUGCAUUAAAUGAAAGAUGAAAGGACAUAUGGUUUACAAAGAGAUGCUUUCUGACUACAUUCUUGGGUGUUUAGCUUUGGUACACCACCAGUAUGGCAAGUACAUCUGAAGAGUGCAUCGCUCUUGAGUCUUAGGUCAUGGCUUGUUAAACAUGUAGACAAGCACGUGACAGAGAGUGUGACGUAAGCAGGCUGGCUGUCAUUAUGAGACAGCUUAUAUUUCAGGCAUCACAGCAAAUCACCAUUUUCCAUUCAUUCCAUCUUAAAAAAAUAAAUCCGAUUUCCUCAGUUCAUCAGGUACUCAUAUGCAUAUGUAUUGCAAUGGGGAUAGUGUGGCGUAUGAUUAUUAUUAGGGUCCGAGCACCGUCGGUGCCGAAGGACCCUAUUGAAACCCGAGGGUUUCUUUUUCUUCUUCUUCACUCUUUUCCCGUCUUUACAAACUCCACUUUGGCGACCUAAACAUACCCCAAAAUGCAACAAAUUUUCCAUGCACAUCAGGACUGGCAAAAAAUUUGAUAUUUUAUAGGAGUUGCGCACGUGUGGCAAAAUGGCCCCUGUAAAAUUGAAAAAGUGGUCAUUAGGCCAACUGCAACGAUGUUUCAUCUACAGCUACAAUAUUUGGGGGCAUGUGUGGCACAUCAGGACACACGAAAAAGUCAAUCACGGCCUCGCCCUAAACCCAACACAGGAAGUCAGCCAUCUUGAAUUAGCUGUAAAUUUUUUCUGAUUAAUAACUCAUCGGGAGUAAGUCCAAGAGACCUCAAAUGUGGCCAGUAUAUGCAACAGUCCUUCCUGAUGAAAAGUUAUCAAAAUGCUCCGCAAAAGUCUUAGGGCGUGGCCAUGGCGACUCCCAAAAAUAUUGAUCCUUCGCCAUCAAACAGGAAGUGUUGUCUAACUCGCCUGAACAUGCUCCAAUCUGCCUGCAAUGUGAGGUGCAACAGUAUAGAUAGAUAGAUAGAUAGAUAGAUAGAUAGAUAGAUAGAUAGAUAGAUAGAUAGAUAGAUAGAUAGAUAGAUAGAUAGAUAGAUAGAUAGAUAGAUAGAUAGAUACUUUAUUAAUCCCGAGGUAAAUUCAAUGGAGCUUAAACCUUAACUGGUUUGUUUCACUGACAAGACUGCUGAAAAAAAAUGCAUGUAAAAGAAAAACUGCUGAGCUGAUACACUGAUUGAAUGUGUGAAGUCUUGGUAUAAUCCAUCCCUGCAGCGUAAAUCUGAGCAAGAUUUAUAUGUUUUUUGAAUGAGGAAACCAACCAGUUGUAUACUUUUGUAUAAACCACAUUAGCAGAUAGCAUCUUGUCACCCGAGUGAAUAUUUCUUUGGUGAAAACAAAAGCAUUACUCGCCCACAUUUACACAGCAUGCAUAUCAAACGCAGCACUUGGGGGAAAUGCAGGAAUGUGCUAGUCAUAAUUCUACUUAUCUCACAUGUGUGACAGAUCACAUUUUAGUAUAUAAGCCGGCAGAUUACCACCUCCGUAAGUUAUAUGCAACAUCAGAAUGUGCUGAACCUGGAGCCCGCCAGCUGCUCGUAUUAAUCAAACAGCACACUUUCCUUUAUGACAACAAAUAAAUAGUCAUAAAUGCUCUUAUCGGCCUUUCUAAUAGUGCGGACGUUACAAUCAGAUUCAUGGUGGCGUAAACUAUUACCUUUCAUCUUUAUAACAUCCAACGAUCACUUCUUUUUCACGGGCCUCGUUUAUAACGGCCGGACAGCUUGUUGCAUAAUGAAAUUCAAAGCACUCUAUCGACCAGGGAGAUCUCACACUCCGUUUACUUAUAUUUACAUAUAUUUUGUUUUCCCACUACAGGCAAACAGGCAUGAUGAAUGUAUGGCCCUGCUGGGACACAGAGCGGGUCUGAGAUCAGGCAUUUUCCAGGCUCUACUGUAAAGUCUGGAGAGGGAACAUUUUAUUCUGCUUUAUCUCAACGUUACAAAUAAAGGCUCUUUUCUUUAAAGUGCAAUCUGUAGAUGGCAAGAAUGUGUUAAUUUCUUUGCAAAAUAAGGGGUUAAAACAUGCAAAGUCACAUGUUUUGUUAAAGCCACAGCUUAGGCUGUGAGCUGUGGCAGGGCUCUCUACUCCCUCGGCCUUGCUGUCUCUCUCUUUGCAGAUGUGUGCUGUGCUGAUGAGACGUCCAGGUGUGUCAUUAGCAGAUAAUGUGCAGGUGGAGGCCAGCUAAUCAAGUCCUGGCGUCCUAUAAGAACCGUUGUCAGUCGUUGUUUGAUGCUGGACUGUCUUUGUCCCUCCAUGCUGACUCCUGCUUGCUUUUGGUCAUCUGACUUGGUCCUCCGUGGAUUCUGGGUGGGUCAAGGGAAAAUCAUCUGUUGUCAGUCCCCCCCAGAGGCAGCAAGGUCCCCCAGCUCUGGUGUCAUCAGAUACAGGUUAUACUAAUCUCCUUAGGUUAGCAUAGUGGCUGCGUUAGCUCCCUAUAGUCCAGAGCAGUUUGGGUUGAGCUUUUGGGUUUUAGUGCAGAUUUCUGGUUGCUUAGUUUUUGUUAGUUAGAUUUCACUUGUUAUUUUGUUCUCCUGCCUUGGUGUUACCAACAGUGGGCUAAUUAGCUUUUGGGUUUGUUUUGUUAUUAGUCUUCCCUGCCUCUAAAGGCUCCUAGGUUGGUUCCCUGAGUUGCACAGCUAGUUCUGGUUCCAGUUGUAGUUCUGUAUUCUUCCUGGUUCUGUAAAUAAAUUUGUUGUUGUUGUUGCAAAACUGUCUAC